AAAUUACACAUUUAAUUUGUUUUUGACUUUGGAAGUACAGCUGGCCUCACGUAGAAGACCAAGCUAGCUCAGCUAGCAUCCACAACAAUGCCACAUGGCCAUCGCAUGCAUGCAUAUGUAGUAAACACGCUACCUUCUCCAUAAUGAAACUAACGCAAUUCACUCAUUAAUUUCUUAAUAAGUCACUACUCACCACCGUCCACCGCUCACUAAAAAUGUCUACCUCCGUCACCACCGCCGCUUUCCACCUUCCCAUCAUCUCCCUCUUCAUCCUCUCGCUUCAAGGUCACAGCUACCAUGACCUUGAAGUCAUAAGAGCGGCCCGUUCCGGGGUUUUACGUGCCGCGGAAUGGGCGCGAAGUUUUAACAAUGAGCUUCAUCAGGAAUCACCCGCCGCCGACAAUGUCUCUACUGCCGUGAGCGACUGCGUCAAGCUGUACGAAAGCGCCGAGGAACGGCUCGGCUCGGCGGGGGACAACUACGUUGUUGACCCUAACGAUGCGAUCACCUGGCUGAGUGCGGCUAUGUCGAGCCACCGGAGCUGUGUGGAUGGUUUGGAGGAGAAGGGGUUGCCGGCGAACCCUCAUGAUUUAUCGUCCCGGAACUUGACCUUGUCGCUUAAGCAAGCCUUGGCUAUGUAUGCGCGUAAAAGAAACACAAAAUCGACUACACCAGGUGGCAAUUACUACUGGUGCGUAAGAAGGCAGGAAGUUCAAGCCAGUAUUGGGGGCUCAUGGAAUCGUGGAACUCAGCAUCCUCCACGGCCGACAUUGUGGUCGCCCAAGAUGGAUCCGGCACUUACAACACAAUAAAUCAGGCAGUCGAUGCACUAUCCAGAAUGGGCAGCAACGGGGAGAAAAGGGUGGUUGUGUACGUCAAACGCGGAGUUUAUAACGAGAAUGUUGAGAUCCAUAGGCGAAUGAAGAACAUAAUGUUCGUUGGCGACGGGAUGGACAAGACCAUAGUUACCGGGAAUCGGAACAUCCAAGACGGUGCUACCACCAUAGGCUCCGCUACAUUCCGUGUAUUGGGUGAUGGGUUUUGGGCACGGGACAUGACCUUCGAGAACACGGCCGGGCCACACAAACACCAAGCAGUGGCAUUGGCGAUCGCCUCGGAUCACGCCCUCUUCUAUAGAUGCAGCAUGAAGGGCUACCAAGACACUCUCAUGGUCCAUUCCUUGAGACAAUUUUAUCGUGAUUGCCACAUCUAUGGCACAAUUGACUUCAUAUUCGGGGAUGCCUCGGCCGUGCUCCAAAAUUGUGACAUUUUCGUCACGCGGCCCAUGGAACAUCAAUCCAACUUGAUAACGGCUCAGGGGAGGUAUGACCCGAAUGAGAACACAGGGAUAUCCAUCAUAAACUCGAGGGUGCGACCAACGCCGGAGUUGGAUGGUGUGAAAGGCAGGGUAAAGAGUUACUUGGGGAGGCCUUGGAAGAAGUAUUCAAGGACAUUGUUCAUAAAGAGUGACCUUGAUGGGAUUAUUGAUCCAAAGGGUUGGAUGGAGUGGAGUGGGAAUUAUGCACUCUCAACUUUGUAUUAUGGGGAGUACAUGAAUACGGGGGCCGGGGCAUCCACGGAUAGACGGGUUAAUUGGGCAGGCUUUCAUGUGUUGAAGGCGGCCCAAGAAGCAAGCUCAUUUUGUGUGAAGAAUUUUAUCCAAGGGGAUUCUUGGAUCCCAGAAAGUGGAGUGCCGUUUGGUUCCGAAAUAUGAUGGCCUGUGGAGAAACUGAGAAAGUAUAUAUUUAGCUAGUUUUCUUACCCUUUGUUUAU